CGCCAUCUUGUGCGUCCUUUAGUGAAAUUUCCUGUUCCGUUUUCAUUUCCUAGUGUGCGUGUACCGCUUUUGUCAACGUUACCGUUUAUUUUCGUUUUAUAUUAUAGUUUUGUAGUUUAUAUCAUCAAGUUCUAAAUCUCGACGAAAAUGGGCGAUCCGUACGCCUCAGGCGACUAUGGCGGUAGCGGCUAUUCUCAAGCGCAAUAUUCAAUGCCACCUCCUCAGGUAGCUUCAGGGGAUAAUGGUAAUAAUUAUGGUUCUGGAUCAGGAACAUACGGCCAAAGUAACUAUGCUGGCCAAAAUACUGGCCAGGAAUGGAGUAGCCAGCAAAGUUCAGGUGGAAACUCUUACGGAAGUAGCCAACCUAGCAGUAAUUAUGGUCAAAGUUAUAAUUCCAAUUAUGGUAGUGGUGGAUAUGACCGUAAUAAUGGUAACAACUACAAUGCUAGUGGUGGCUCUGGUGACCGCAGUAGCAGCAACUACAGUGGUGGGGAACGUGGUGGCUCCAACUAUGGCAGUGACCGUGGUGGAUCUGGCUAUGGUAGUGAUCGUGGAGGCUCCAGUUAUGGGGGUGACCGUGGAGGUUCCAGUUAUGGGGGAGGAGACCGUGGGGGGUCCAGCUAUGGGGGCGACAGAGGAAGCUAUAAUAGAGAUGGGGGAAAUAGAGACGGUGGCUAUGGUGGCGGCGGCAGGGGGGGUGGUUUUAAUAAAGGUGGUGGCGGGGGAGGUUUUGGAGGAGAUCGAGGUGGGGGUGAUAUGAUUACACAAGAAGAUACAGUUUUCAUUCAAGGCAUGGAUCCUUCUACGACGGAAGACGAAUUAUGCCAACAUUUUGGCUCUAUCGGUAUUAUUAAGACUGAUAAAAAAACACAAAGGCCAAAAGUCUGGAUGUAUAAAGACAAAGCUACAGGACAACCCAAAGGGGAAGCCACUGUCACAUAUGAAGAUUCAAAUGCAGCCAGUUCCGCCAUCCAAUGGUUUGAUGGAAAAGAUUUUAAUGGAGCAGUUAUAAAAGUAUCUCUCGCUCAAAGACAAAAUACAUGGGGAGGUGGAAAAGGAGGCGGCGGCGGUGGUUUCCGAGGUGGCCGCGGGGGAGGCGGAGGCGGCAGAGGUCGCGGGGGUGGCGGCGGCGGCGGAGGCGGUGGCGGCGGCGGCGGUGGUGGUGGUGGUGGCGGCCCGCCGUCGGGCAACCGAGAGGGUGAUUGGAGAUGUCCAAAUCCUAGCUGCGGAAAUACCAAUUUCUCAUGGAGAAAAGCGUGUAAUAGAUGCAAUGAAGAGAAGCCAGGCGGUGGCGGCGGCGGAGGCGGCGGUGGCGGUGGCGGUGCUCCUGGCGGCGGUGGUCGUGGAGGAGGCGGAGGUGGCCGUGGGGGAGGUCGCGGUCGAGGCGGUGGCGGCGGCGGGUGGGGUGGCCGCGGUGGCGGUGGUGAUCGCGGCGGUGACAGAGGAGGCGACCGACGCAGUUAUGGUGGCGGCGGCGGCGAUCGUGGUAGCAGUGGUGGUGGUGCCAUGAGGAAUGACGGCGGUGGAAGGGACCGCCAAAGACCAUAUUAAUAUAAUGUAACUUUGAUGUUACCAAUUAAAUGUGUAUUAUUGACUUUCAACUCCCAUUGAUUCAGUUGUUGUUUAGUAAUAAAUAGUUUCUUUUUUUUAUAAAUUCGACAAUAUAUCACAUGAUAUUUAUGGUCUACAUUUUUAAGAUAUAGCAGUGUACUGUAAGUGUAAAAUCAUAAGUCAUGUUGUUUAUUAAUAGAUUUAUAAUCUCAAAGUAUAACAUAGACUAAUGUUAGAAGUUCUCAUCUUUUGCGGAGUUCCUGUUUCGAGCAUUAAUUAGUAAAUGUCUGGUGUGUAUAACUAUAAAAAAAUAUAAGUAACUGCGUAGAAAUUUACUAUCCGUAUAUUAGUAUACACGUAAAACAUUUAUUUUAUUUCUUCCGCAUUAGAUUAUUGUGUGAGUGUUACGAUUAUGUGGUAUGGUUGUUCUGACAAUAUGAGAGUCCCUACCAGGGAGGUUUAAUUUUCGACUUUAAGGCCAAUAAUGUAAUUUAUUACAAUAAGUGAAAUGCAUUUUAAAUAAAUGUAAAGAAAUAA